UGCUCUCUUGAACAGCUUCACAGAGACCCUCCUGUUCUCCUGUCACGGACCGUUGCCUGUGUCUGUCCCGAAAGCUGGGUGCAGUUCUCUUUCUGUUUAGCUCACAGACACUGAAGAAACAUGGAGGCCAUCAAGAAGAAAAUGCAGAUGCUGAAGCUGGAUAAGGAGAACGCUAUAGACCGGGCAGAACAGGCUGAAAUAGACAAAAAAGGAGCAGAGGACAAAUGCAAACAGCUUGAAGAGGAGUUGCUUGCCCUGCAAAAGAAGCUGAAAGGAGUAGAAGAUGAGCUCGACAAAUACUCUGAAUCACUGAAGGAUGCCCAGGAGAAGCUGGAGCAAGCUGAAAAAAAAGCAGCAGAUGCUGAGGCAGAAGUGGCAUCCUUAAACAGACGUAUCCAGUUGGUUGAGGAGGAGUUGGAUAGAGCUCAGGAGAGACUGGCUACUGCUUUGCAGAAGCUGGAGGAGGCUGAGAAAGCUGCAGAUGAGAGUGAGAGAGGAAUGAAAGUCAUAGAGAACAGAGCAACAAAAGAUGAAGAGAAAAUGGAGAUCCAGGAGAUGCAGCUGAAGGAAGCCAAACACAUCGCUGAGGAGGCUGACCGCAAAUAUGAAGAGGUUGCACGCAAAUUGGUGAUCCUGGAGGGUGAAUUGGAGCGCUCAGAGGAGCGUGCUGAAGUAGCUGAGGCUAAAUCAGGUGAUCUUGAGGAAGAGCUGAAAAAUGUCACCAACAACUUGAAGUCACUGGAAGCACAGGCUGAAAAGUACUCUCAAAAGGAGGACAAAUAUGAAGAAGAAAUAAAAGUUCUUACUGACAAACUGAAGGAGGCUGAGACCCGUGCAGAGUUUGCAGAGAGGUCUGUGGCCAAGCUGGAGAAGACCAUUGAUGAUUUAGAAGAGAAACUGGCCCACGCCAAAGAAGAAAAUCUGGACAUGCACCAGGUAUUGGACCAAACCCUUUUGGAACUCAACAAUCUAUAGUGACAUUUACAGAUAUCGGUAAACGACAGCCUGAAUGAAAGCAGGAGGAAAAACCAGAUUCAUCUUUCAUAAAACUCCCAGGCUGCAUCUCUAAAAUAAAUAAAGGAAAUAUGAGGGUUGCUAUUCACAUAAUUCUAAAAGCAGGAGCAAGAAAAACGCCUUUUGCAGUGAAUGUGAAAUUUCAAAAUAUCUUAGAUAUUAUCAAAACUUCAAUCAUUAUUAAACUGAAAUUAAACUACAACAUCAAUCAUGGAAACAGCUAUAUUAAAAAACAGACAUUUAUGUAUCACAAGACAUACAGUAUGUGCAUUGUCACCGUUAUUAAAGGAUAGUAAGAUUAAAAUUGUUUUAAAAAAGAAACCCAGCUAUGUGAUAAAAGAAGGUUUUAAGUAUUAUUACUUUUAUUUCUUGCCAUGGAUGACAUUUUAGGUUUCACCUCUUCAUUUUGCCUUUGUUACUUUUCAUGCUUUGUUCUUUAUAUGGAGAUGUGAAUACUGAUCCCUCAAUAA